GCGUCGGCCGCGGAGCCGGCGGGACAGGAGGGUCGGCGCGGGGUGCGGGCGGCGUUCCCGGCGACGGAGCCGAGCGGGGCUGCGCGGCCGCCGCCUCCUCUCAUGCCUUCACGGCAACAAAGAGCGCGCUGAGCGGCGGGCUGCCGGAGCACGGAGGGCGCCGGGGGACGAUGGCGAGGAAAGGAGAAACCUCCGCGUCUCCCUACGGUGAACCAAGGAAAUUUGACCCAAAGUUCAGAGGACCUAUUCAUAACAGGCAUUGUACAGAUGUUAUUUGCUGUGUAAUCUUCAUAGUUGUCAUUCUGGGUUACAUUGCAUUAGGAAUUGUAGCUUGGGUACAUGGCGAUCCCAGGAAAGUGAUUUAUCCAACUGACAGCUAUGGGCAGUUCUGUGGUCAGAAGGACACCUUCAAUGAGAAUAAGAGCAUUUUGUUUUACUUUAACAUUCUGAAAUGUGCCAGUCCGGUAGUGUUAAUUAACCUGCAGUGCCCUACAACACAGCUUUGUGUCUCAAAGUGCCCAGACAGGUUUGCAACCUACAUUGAUGUUCAAGCUUCCUACAGAUAUAGGCCAGAGCAGUGGAAUUACUUCAGGCAGUACUGCAAACCUGGUUUUAACAAUCCUCGCAAGUCUGUUGCUCAAGUCCUACGUGAUGAAGAUUGUCCUUCGAUGAUCAUUCCAAGCAGGCCUUUUCUCAAGAGAUGCUUCCCAGACUUCUCCACAAAGAAUGGUGUCUUAACUGUGGCAAACCAGACUACAUUCAAAGAUGGAAGAGGGAAAACAAGAAAUGUAACUGAUCUCAGGGAAGCUGCAAACGGUAUCAACAAUGUCCUGGAUGCAAGAUCAGUUGGAAUGAAAAUUUUUGAAGACUAUGCCAUUUCUUGGUAUUGGAUAUUAAUCGGGCUGUUCAUUGCAAUGGUAGUGAGCCUGCUCUUCCUUGUGCUGUUGAGGUUCACAGCUGGGGUUCUCUUCUGGAUUUUCAUAUUUGGUGUGAUUGGAAUUAUAGGCUAUGGCAUCUGGCACUGCUACUGGGAGUAUGAUCAUCUCAAAGGCAUACCUGGAUCUGACCUCACUGUUUACGACAUUGGAUUCCAGACAGACUUCCGUGUGUACUUACAACUGAGGCAAACGUGGCUAGCAUUUAUGAUAUUACUUUGUGUUGUUGAGAUCAUAAUCAUAUUGAUGCUGAUCUUCCUAAGAAAUAGGAUCCGGAUUGCUAUUGCACUGUUAAAGGAAGGUAGUAGGGCUAUUGGCUAUAUAAUGUCUACAUUGUUCUACCCAAUUGUCACCUUCAUACUCAUUGCAAUUUGCAUUUCCUACUGGGCUGUGACAGCUGUUUUUCUAGCUACAUCAGGAGAACCUGUGUAUAAAGUAAUGGCUAAUCAAACACUGUGCAAGUAUGCAAACCUGACUUGUGACCCAGAGACAUUUAAUACAACCAAUGUAACAAAAUUAUGCCCAGGUGCUCAAUGUACAUUUGCUUUUUAUGGAGGAGAAAGCCUGUACCAUAAGUACAUCUUCAUCUUUCAGUUAGCCAAUGCCUUUGUCUUUCUGUGGCUGGUAAACUUUGCAAUUGCACUGGGUCAGUGUACCCUUGCUGGUGCCUUUGCCUCUUACUACUGGGCUUCUCGAAAACCAGCUGACAUUCCACUGUGGCCGCUCUUCUCUUCAUUUGGACGGGCAAUACGAUACCAUACUGGUUCACUGGCAUUUGGAGCCUUAAUUCUUGCAAUUGUCCAGCUGAUCAGAGUAAUACUGGAGUACUUGGAUCACAAACUGAAAGGUACACAGAACUCCUUCACUAGAUUUCUACUCUGCUGCCUCAAAUGCUGUUUCUGGUGUUUGGAAAGAUUCUUAAAAUUUAUAAACAGAAAUGCCUACAUCAUGAUUGCCAUAUAUGGUAAAAACUUCUGCACCUCGGCAAAGGAGGCGUUCUUUCUGCUCAUGAGAAACGUGGUGAGAGUUGCAGUUCUGGACAAAGUCACAGACUUUCUUUUAUUCCUGGGGAAAAUUCUGGUAGCUGGUGGUGUAGGUGUUCUCGCGUUCUUCUUCUUCACACAGAGAAUACCAGUCUUUGCCCAGGAAGCACCAGCACUAAACUACUACUGGGUACCAUUGUUGACUGUCAUUAUUGGCUCCUACCUAGUGGCACACGGGUUCUUCAGUGUCUAUGCAAUGUGUGUUGAUACACUUUUCCUCUGCUUUUGUGAAGACCUGGAAAGAAAUGAUGGAUCUACAGCAAAACCCUACUUCAUGUCAGCUAGCCUCCACCGAAUUCUAGGGAAGAAGGAGCUAAGCCCUAAGAAGGCAAUAGGAUAACAUGCAAUAAACCUCAGCAUCAAAACAGUGUCACUUUUAAGCAAAAUGUGUGUAAAUUAGGCACAAGUAAAUACUGUAAAUGAUGCUUCUGGUUAAUGGGUGAUUCUUUUUUCCUCUUGCUUACAUCUUUAAAAAAUCAGCAGCAUUGAUAAUGUUUUAUUAGUUUAAAAGCUUAAGCUAACAGCUGUGAAACAAGGCCACAUUUUAGUCUAUAGAGUGCCUAUGGAAAGAAAAAAUGUAAAUUUGAAGCUUUUGUAAGUCUAUAAUAAUGUUUUAAUAACUUUUUUAACACAAGUUGCUGCCUUAAAUGACAGCAGUUUUGAUAACAUUUCUUUUUAUAAGUGUAUAUUUGUAAAAGAUAUUCAGGCAAUUUUUUGAAAGCACUAAAUGUAACCUAAUUAGCCAUAAAAAAGAUAGUUUGGGAGUCUCUAGUUAACCAGAGAUGCUACUAAAUCUGUAAAUAUGGUGCUAUGAUUGUAUUUUUUGUACAUGCUGGUUGUCAGCUAUUUAAACUGUGAUUAUACAUGCAUUAAUGGUUCCCUACACUGAAAUGUAAUAAGGUUUUAAUCCCGUUGACAAGUGUGUGUUCUAAGAAAUGAUGGUACGUGUAGUCCUGAAGAAAGCAAUCUGAGAAGACUGCUCUCUCUGUUGGUGCUGCUUAAAGUGAAGUUUUCUUUGAGCUGUGCUUGAAAGAUGAUAUAAUUGAGACAGGAUCCCAUGGUGCUUCAAAGAGAGAUCUGUGGUUCACGCAGACGAAGUUCUGUCUGAUCCACGUUGGCAAAGGUAUCAUUUCCUAGCUGAUGUGUAAAAGACAGAUGCUUGUGUUAAUAUCCCGUCUUCAGUGAGUCUUUGUAUUCUACAUUAUGAGGAAGUUGAGCUGCGCUGAGAGGAAAAUGGAACGCGAUAUUUUGUUUUCCUUGCAAGGAAGUUUUGGCUGUAUGUGCACACAGGACCUCCGCUGCAUCUGCCUAGUUCAGAAAGGCUUCUCAGUAGGUACUGCAAUGGCAGCAUGGGUUCUGAGAUCCAAGGCGUGCACUUCCUGCAGUCUCUGGUCUCUCAGUGGCUUAUACAGUAAGAUACGAAAAUAAGAUAUUGGACUGGAGUCUCCUCAUGGUGCAGCAUUAAUUGGCUACUGGAAGAAACUCCAAAAGAUUUGGUGUCCUCUUUGAGACUCGUUAAGAUCGUUGGUUGUUAGAAUUUUUUAUUUUUUUUUUUAGGAAAAGCAUAUUAACAUUCUGUUCAGGCCUAUGAACCUCCCUUUAGUAGAACUGUCGCUGGGUCAAGUUACAGCUCUGCUCAUAAAAAGUAUCUUAUACUCUGUCUACAGAGUCCAUUACUGCCAUGAGCUGAACUAAAAAGGUUCUGAGGCGUGCUACUAGUUUUCACGUAUUCCACAGUACUAAAUGAGGUAUUCCAUUGCCACUUUCAGGAGCUGGCAUGUGACAUACCUCUUCUAAAUCCAUGGCAGGAAUUUGGCUGCUGGAAAUACUUUGCUAGCCCAAAGAGUCUCUUGCUAUCACAAAGAGAAAGGCAAAUUCUUUUCCAAAUGAUCUGAAUUCUUAUUUCUGGGGAAAAUUUACUGACAAUACAUAUUCCAAAAUGAUUUUUGCUCUUUGACUUACGGCUUCAGUUUGUGAUCACUUGAAUCCCAACAAGGACAGACAGGCUAUCCUUUAUGCAGUAGGCCUGGGGUGAUGCUAAUGCACGAGUGUUGUCACCCACCUGCUUGGAGUCAUGGGCAUGAUGGGGUCAUGGAGUCCUGUGAGUGGAGGUACGAGUAGCAGGGUGCUGGUGUGAGUUCUGUGAUCCAGCAGGCACCGUAGCUCUUCCCCCCGAAGCACAAAUGAGUGGUUCUCGUUUGGACUUAGAUAAUGUAAAAUAAAGGCAUACCGUUUCCAACUGAACUGGUGACUGGGCACCUUCGGUUUUUGAGAACCUCACUUGAGAUACUGUAAACUUGACUUACAGAAAGGGCUGAGAAAUAUAGCUUCUGAAAACUGACUUAUGGUUUCUGUCCUCAUCAUCUUUCUAUUCUCAUCACACGUGUGGCAGUGAAUAUUGAAACCCCUAUUACUCGGAUGUUGUCCGAGAGAAUUAAGCCAGUAACAUCAUGGGCACAUGUCACUGUUAGUAGAAAUCUCACUUGUCUGCGAGAUUUGAGCUUACGGUCCGUGGUCUGCUUAUUACCAUCUUUUAACCACCAUGCAAUUAGUUUGCAGCUAAAGGAACUGCAUUAGGUAAUCUGUAUGUCGCUACUGGACCCCAGGCUCUUUCUGGGACCUCAACUGAAAAAGCUCAUUUCUGAAUACGGUGUGCUUUUUUUAUCAUAUGAAUGUAACCGUAGGGAUUAUUAAGAAUGAAGUGUAACAGAGUAGUAUACAGUUAUUUGAUUAGAGGACUUUUGUAACAAACCUAUGCAUUUACUAAAGGAAUUUCUAAAAGUGAAAAUUUUAAAUUGCAUUAUUAUUUAUAUACAGUAAAUAUAUAUAAAUGUUAUAAAUCACUCCACUCACUAUUUUGUGAAAAUAAAUUAUUUAGAAUGUAAGCGAUCAUCAUUUCUGAGAAGAAAAUUUAAAAGCCAUUUUCUUUAUGAUAUAACUAAGAGAACUGUGAAAAUAAAAGCAAUACCAUAUUAAUUUUGUCAUCAAUAAACUGAAUAAAUAAGUAAUAAUGAUUUAAUAGUAAAAUUGGCUUAAAAAAAUAAACUACUGUUAAUGAAAUAAGUAGAAAUUAUUGCAAGUAUUUACUUGGAAAACACUCACUUAGAAGUUUUUAGGCUGGUAGGAUGGCCCGGUUAGUCCUGGGGAGCCGUGUCCGGAGAUUUGCCCCACAGCUUCCAGUGCCAGCGUCUGUGGAUCUGGGCAUCUGCCUUGUUGCUCGAGUUAGAACCAAAUUUGAAGUUCCGUUCUUUGCUGUGGAGUGGAAUGUGCGGCUGAGUGUAAGGCAGUGGAAGGUUACGUUUUCCUUGAUCCUGAGCCAGCCAGAGUCGGUGAUGAAAUUUCCAGUAUUUCAUGAGGGCAGGGCAGCCCUGCGCGGCGCCGUGCGGUGGGGGGCUGUGCUGCAGGCAGUCAGGGACGGCUGGGGACCUGGAAGCCCAGGAGCCCUGGUGCUGCUGCUGUGUGCGAGGCACCCGGCGGUGCUGGGGGGAUUUCUGCUGUCCUGCCCAGCCCCGGGCUGCGCGUUUUUCUGGCCAGUGGAAGAGCUGGAGAAGUGGGAUGGCUGUGAAGAAAGGCCCUGUUAAGUGCAUCAGACUUCUUUGGAGUUCUUGAACAAGCAGAAUGUAGAAGCUAUGAGAUACUAGAAAAUAGCCAGUAUCAUAUCCAUGCAAUAAGCUUGCUUUAGUUCUGGUUUAAUUCAUUGUGUCUCCCUGUGAUAUAUUAAUGGAUGGCUUUUAUUUGCAUGUCUUAUACCAAAGUUUUAAUGUCAAGCCUUCAAAUUUUGUAAAGAAAAAAAAAACAAAAAAAGGAACCUCCUCCCUCCAAGUCCCCCUUCACUCCCCCCCACAAAAAAAAAAAAAAAAAAAAAAAAAGUGAAAUGAGAUUAUUUUCCUGACUGAGGCUUUUUUCCAAGUAGUAUCCAGCGGUUGGUUAUGGUGGGUCGGGUGCUGUAAGGAUGCUGAGUAGUCCUGCAAACGUCAGUAUUUACACGUAUGAAAUGUUUCGCUGUUGCACAUCCUGCAGUAGGCCGGUGCGGUGAUCUGGCAGCCAUAAUGUCAGGCUUAUCCUGUGGGAGGUCAGUAAGUGUUCUGAAAUCGGUUGCCAUGGCAGUCACUGUAGAAGACUGUCCUCUGUAACGGAACGUCCCUCCGACCGGUCGCUUGUUGCUCAGCCUGGACGCCUGUGCCCUCUGACGAAGUGCCUUACCUGGCUGUUGUUUUACCUGGCUUAUAUCCUGAAGUUGAUUCGCGUCACAUAAAUGACUCAACAGAAAAGGCUAGCUAGGAGAAGCAGUACUCUAUUUGAAAUUAACUGGUACAGAGCUUAAUUGUAGGAAAAAAGUCAGAUGUAUUUGAAUUGCAUAAUGCAACAUGCACAAUUUUUCUGUUGCUGUUGUCAGAGCAUGCCGUUUGGCCCAGGAGAAAACACGUGGCAAUUGUGCUGUUGCAAACAGUUAAAUAAAAAUGAUGUCAGAGCAUUCAAUUUUCAGCGGUAGACUUCUUUAUACCUUCGAUUUAUGGAUAGUGGACUUCCACGUGCGGCCAAUUCUGCCUCCGGUGACAGCGUCCGCGAGCACCGCGCCCCAUGGCUGCGGGGAGCAUUGGGGCACAGCUGGAGUGAAAGCAGCUGGGAAAUGCACGUGGUUCUGCCGCAGCGUGUUGGUCGCUCACGAGCGUAAAGUCAUUUCCAUUUUAAGACUGAUGGUUUGCUAUUCUGGAGGUGUUUUAUAAACUAUUCUAGAUUUUUUAUCUUUUGAUACAGGUGAUGAUUUUUUGAGGUAAUAAGUAAUUUGUACUGCGCUGUAAUCAAGUGGGAAAUACAACUGUUUCUUCAUGUUUAAUUAAUACUACUAGCACUAACACUGCAGCUGUCUGUUAUGUGACGUUACAGAAAGCCCACAGGCAUUUGUCCCCUAGAACAAGGUGUAAGAUCACAGAAGGGCUUUGCAAGGACUGAGAAAUGGAAAUUGCUGUCUGUUUCAAUAAUUAUGUGAUUGGUAAAGGUGUGUUAUUAUCGUGCCAAAACCAAGUUAACAAGAGCGCACGGCAGCUUGAGCUCUAAAACCUGUUCGCUUCUGCUAUGCAGAAAUAGGAACGUAUUGUUUAAACACCUUUGGUAACUGAAGCGUUUAAUAUUUAAUUCUGUUGUUGCUCACUGUUUUACAGCUCUUGGGGAUUGUUCUAAUAAAGAUUUAGAUACAAAGCA